UUUUUAGAGUGUUCCAAUUUUAAUUGGUUAGCUCCCUUUGCAGACGAUAUUUUUGUUCCCAGGAAAACACAGUUCGAUAUUUUAAUGCUAAAUGGAAUUAAUGCAGGGAUAAGAAACUUAAUUUUGGUUGUCUACAAACGUUCCACAAAACCAAGAAGUUCUGAUGUUUUGACCUGUCACCUAAGACAAAGAAAUACCCCUUACUGGACAUCCUUUGUUAUUUACAAAAGAGAUGUUAUAAAUGACAAGUUUGGAAAGUCUCACUUUAACUGGUGUGUAGAUGGAGCUAACUACCAUGUUUUGAGAACUGGCUGUUACCCAUUUAUCAAGUUCCAUUGUACCAAAAGACCUUAUCAAGAUCUGUACUCAGAAGAUCAGUUUUUCACAGUCUUGAAAAUCAUAAAUCUAGGUGUACCAACACUGACAUAUGGCUUUGCAUCAUGGAUGUUUAGAAGAUUUGAAGAAGAUGUUAAAACUCCAAAAGGAGUUGUCAAAGUUUACUUUAUGAACAAAGAAGAUCCAUAUUCCGUUAGCUAGAUUGUCAGAAACAGAACUUAUUUGGUGCAGAGAAUUGGCCCCAGUCUAGCUAUUCUAUUAAAGUGCAUAGUAUAAUUUUUAAUCCAGUUUUAAAAGGGGAACAAUGGUAGCUUAUACAUAUCAGUUGAGUCUGUUUUCUAUAGUUGUGUUAUUGGUUAUUGCCUUUCUGGUUGUGUUGACUUUAAUAAACUGGAUAAAGAGGCUUUUACUGUGGUUAGCAGGAAAUGCAGAAAAGAAAGUGAGACCAAAGGUGAAAGAAGAAGAAACAAAACCUAUUAUUGCUCAAAAUGAUGAUAAAGUGGAGGAUGUUGUAAAUAAUGAAAUUCCAGAUUUAGAUCAAAAGAAGGGACUAUAAGGUUGUGAAUAUAUAUAUACAAACCAGCGGGAUGUUACCAUAGAUAAUGGGAAGUUGUGUAUUUUCAGGGUUAUCAAUUAUUUAAUGUGUGAUAAAAUAUUGUAUUUUUGUAUUGAAUAUUUUUCAAAUACUAAUGUCUUUUUGAAAAAUAAACACCCCACAAACUUUAACUAAUCAACAGUAUUUAUUUUUCUUGACAGAUAUUCUGCAGAUUGAUAUCAUGAGAAGCCAAGCAACUAUAUUAAUGUUAAGGGAGCUCGCUUCUCAGUUUCAAUGUAAUUAAAACUUUUCAAAACACUAGUUUUUAUUGAUAAGAAAUUAAUAAAGGAAUCCAAAAAGCAAAAAAAAUAUAUAGGUCACCGUGCUUGUUUUCAAGUUAUGAGCAAUUGAGAUUUUGGCGGGAAAAUAUUCUCUCUUGUCUUUUCAUAGCUUUAUCAAUUACAAGUUAAAGUUCUCAAAAACUGUUAAAAAGUAAUUAGAAUUUUAUAAGACUUUUACAGGUGGCUUAUCUUUAUACAUUUUAAUGAAUUUUAAAAAGAAAAAUGGGGGUCACAGGGCAAAUUUUUUCAAGGCAUUUAAAUGGAUAAAACCAGAGGAUUCUGAAAAUCUGACAAAAAAUCCAAAACAUGAUAAGCCAGCUUCCUUAAAACACAUUAUGACAUACAAUUAAAAUAUAUGCAUAAAACUUAUAUGGAGACACUUUUAGAAAAUCCUUCAACCUAACAGAAUAAAAUUAUAUUUAAAUAGUUAUUUAAGAUUGUGCCUACCAGUACAGUUCAUGCAUUAUAAUUAUUAUAUGCAAUCUUAUAAAAAAUGCACUAAAUAUUUGUUUGUUUAAGGAAACAUAUUUGAGGGAUAUAAUACAUGUUUAACAUAACAUAGGUGACUUUUUAACAUUAAUAUUGGUGCUGUAUUAUCAUUAUGUGAAUUACAUGUAGAUUAGCCUUACACAUCUUGUUUCUGUGAAAAUAAAAUUUUUA